CAUUCUGAUCCGAGGAUCAGCUGGAGGCAGCAAUAAACAGAAAUCUGCAGCCGGAAAUUAGAGAGAAGGGAGAAAAAGCUGCAGAUGUUAUGAUCUGAAAAGAGUGUAAAAUAUUUACACGAAGCCCUUCUUCUAAGAAGAAAGCCUUUUAUUUUUGUAACAUAGUGUUUUAACUAGGCUACCUCACGUUAAGGCUAUCUAAAGCUAUGCUUUAAAAGCUCUAUUUAUUGGCUAUUUUGUGUCACAUCGUUUACAACUUGAAAGAAUAUUGCAAAGGCAGGCCUUUGCGUUGACGUGAAACCAAGUGAAACCUUACAUUUGCACUACUGAAGCCUCCCUGUUCCAAGGUCCAGCAAAGGACUUCCAGUGAAGAACAAGAGACAAAAAGCAAAUAAGAUUUUCAAAGGCAGCUACAACUUUUCCCUUUUGACAACCUUCUGAUACAUCAACUAGUCAUGUUUCAGCGCUUGAGCAACCUUCUUUUUGGGGAAGUGGAGGAAGUGGCUGCAGAGAUCAAUGGACCCAAUCCUUGUGUGACAGAGGCAGAUGAGGAGGGCUGGAUGAUCGUCAACCUUCCUGUAGAGGCUGAGUGCAUGAUGCAGGUGGAAGAUGAGAACCCCCCACUGUCUGUGCAAUCAUUUCCAAGCAGUCAGUUAAAUAAUACAGACUCAGGCUCCAGAGCUGAUUGCUCUAUAGUCAACUCAAACCCACGCUGUAAGAGGCGCAAAACACAUAAAGGUCGCUCAAGGAGAACAGUAGACCCAACUUCUUACUGUAGUAAUAGUCCAUCAGACUUGAGUUUCACUACACCUGAAACUCUUGGCACAGGGGCCAGAGGGUCUCUGCCCUCCUCCCCCUCGUCCGUGUCCCCUGGCUCUCAGGACGGGUGUGGAGGCAGUGGGGGUAGUAGGACAGGCUCAGAGAGAGGCUGCAUGGAUGAGAGCUGGUUUGUCACCCCUCCCCCCUGUUUCACUGCAGAGGGAGCCACCGCUGAGGCCAGUCCCAUGGAGGACCUGCUCAUUGAACAUCCCAGCAUGUCUGUCUAUGUGUCCCAGAAUGGCACAGGCAUUUCAUCCAGCAGCAACCUAUCAGUGGUGGGAGAGGAGAGCAUGGCUAGCCUUGCAGGCAGCAUGAGUAGAGUGACAGAAUCGUCAGCAGUCCCGGCCACCUGCACCACUAUGCCCACCCGAGUCAGCCGUGGGGCAGCCCAGGCUGGGUCCUUGGCCAAGGUUACCCAAAUGUCCCGGGUUCAGCGCGGCAAAGCCCGCAUGGAGAGACGCCGCCUGGGACGUAAUCACAUUCAACGCCAAAAUCGUACCAGGGAGCAGGUUCCUCGUCUUGCAGCUCAUGUUCGUAAUAGCUUUCUUCACCAGCCCUGCAAGCGCAACUUCUGCCAUUAAACCCUACAGCCACUAGGUGGUGGUGUUUACUCUGAGGGCAUUAGCAAAUAUGUGCAAGACAUCCUUACAGUUGUUAAACUAGUUAUUUUCAACCGAGAUUCCGUUUAGCUGAGAACUAGAUAUUCAAAUUUGAUUUGCAAAACAAACAUCAUAGAAAGCCCUCUCCCAAACCACCUCCUGCGGCAUUCAAACAAAUGUCUGCUUCGUUUGAAAAUUACACAAAAAAAAGAGUUUAUUUUAAUCUUUUUCUUUAUUAAUAUUUAAAAAAAUUCUUUACUCUGUUCUAGGCAUGUAUUUGAAUCACUGCGAUACAAAAUUUAGAACAAAAAUAUUAAAGCAACCUAAAUAUUCCACUUAUGUCAAUUGAUACCUUUUUCUGGUGGAAAUGAGACACUGAUUGUGUCACUGAUUAUGUGUUUUGUGAUAAAGAAAAUACUACUUUUUGUGACAGUGAGGGAAACUCAAGACAUAUUUUUAAUUUGUCUGCACAACAACACUUUAAGGCAAAAAUAGGAACAAAAUCAUGUUGCGAGAUUUCUUGUUCACAUUUAGAAGGGUAUGAGCAAGUUGUGCAUGGCAAAGUAAAUGGGCAAAACAGACUAAAGAGUGAGUUAAGAGCUGGAUUUACUGAAGUAAAAAGAUGUGGUUUUAAAUUAGAUGGAUUGUAGAAAGAGAUGUUCAACCCCAAACUUGAAAACCUGUUUACAAAAUAGUAUUAAUAACUAUAUUAUUUGUGUCAUAAUUUGAUUGGUUUGCUGGUUUGAGGUUUUUAGGUUUGACAAGUAAUUGUAAGUGCAGAGCAGUAUUUAAAGUGACUCUUUAUUUAGUUUUGUUGUUUCAGUUUCCCAUGUUAAUUUGCUGUCUAUUACACUUUCCACCCAAAAAGUUGUCAUCAGACAAAGCGAAAGUAGACAUAAAAAUCAAGACCCUGCAUGAAUUUGUAAGUAUCUUAAGCUAAGUGCCCAGCACAUGUGACAUUGGUCAUCUCCAUCAUGUGCUGUGACUGAAUACAAGUGCAGUCUUCUCAAGAAUCAGACUGCAUCCAAGUCAAAUGUGUCAUCAAAGCCCCUCAAAUCACUCAAAACGUUUUGUGUUUUCUUAAACAUCAGCUUGCCAUAUAUUUCACUUAAAGGUCUAAUUUAUGUAUUCAAAACAAUAGUAAAAAUAAUGGUGCUGAAAUGUAUACUAAAGUUUGUAAAUUAUGUGAGACAUGGAUGUAUGUUUGCACUGUCAUACUUUUGUGAGUUUUAGCAGUGUGCUGUGUGCUUGUAUUUGUUUCUUUGUGAUUCUAUUUUUGUUUGACUCAAACUGUGUGACAAGAAUUUCUGACACAUUA